GGGAGCCACGUAGUCGCUUGACAGUUUCCCCUGUUUUUCAUUAGAAAAAAAGAAGAAAUAAGUACCACGAGAGGGAAAAAAAAGCAAAAGUAUAUCCAAAAAGUUAUUUGAACACUGAAUUAUUCAUUUUAUAAAUUUAGUUUUCAAGCAGAGGAACAUUAAUAUAAGCGCACCCACGUGUGUCAUGCCCUUGGCCCUCCAGGAGUUAACGAGUUUAGAGAAGUGACUCCCAUUAGUUAAUGAGGAGGCAGGGAUCAAGAGGAGAUUAUUAAUGAUUUAGUGAUAAAACCUCCAGAUAAGAUUGAUCGAACAUCAUCACACCUGUCGUAUUGAAAAAGUUUAUCAAAAUUAAACGGACAUAAUCAUCGUAAGUACAAUUGUGAAUCAAGAAAGAGCAACAAGAGAAUAUAAAGAGCAACUACUGAUUAUGGACUUUGGAUUCAACUCGAUACCCCCCGAGUACUGAGUUAAUUCUCAUUCUCGAUUAAAAUUGCACGGUAAUAAUUCACUGUAACCCCAGAAAUUGGAAGUAUUGGCGAAAAAAAUAGAGAGAUAAAAAUUGAUAGAGAGAAAUUAAAAAGAAGAAGAAAAACCGAAAAUUGUUGCGAAUCGCUUCGAAUGGAGUUACAAGUUAUGAUGGAGGCCAGCACAGAGACGCUGAAUGAAACAAUGUGGAUGGGUCACUCGCCAUCUCCACCUUAUCAACGACUAUCGCCACCCGUUCGAGACGAAGGACGCGACGUCAUCACAGCUCAACAAGUGUCAACGGGUUAUCACGUGUCAGACAGUGGUAUACUGUGGCACGAUAAGCGUGAAUCACCGAAAAAUUCACCGGACGCCAAUGAUCAGCAGCGCACAAAUGGUGGAUCAAGUGGCAAUUCACCGACGUCGGAGCAACAGAGCUUCAAUCAGUCAUCCAACGGCCUCAAGCGGCGUGCCACCGAGGCAAAUCAGUCAAUUGGAGAAUUGGACCGAAAGCAUGCCAGAAGAGAUGGAUCAAUUGGUAGUAAUGGCUCGGCCCAGUGGUCCUCCCGCCAAGUUGAGGAGCUCGCUGAACACUUGGUGGCCGAUUUUGAUGGUUCUCUGUCUGCUCUUGCAGCUAACGACCUUGCCAAUGUCGUGGUGUCUUACAACAUGAGUGAGGCUCUGCUGGGAUUACCCUCGCUGACAGUCUUCAAGCAGGAAGCCCCCUCCCCGGAAAAUGAAGCCAACAAUCCAAACCUGACUCACGUGACCCAGCAAAAUCUCAUUGGCUCACAUCAGAAUGGCAAUAUGGGCUUGCCCGUCGAGCCAGAUAGCAACAAUAACAGCAACAACGGCAGCGCUACAACAACAAAUACAAGAACUGCAAAGGCUAAUAACAGUAACAGCAACGCAAGUAAUGCAAGCGGUGCGCAGAAUGGUAGCAAUGGGGAUAGAGGCCAAUCAACCACCAGCCUCCACCAGCUCUUGUACUCGGGUAAUGAGGAAUAUCCACCCAUUUCCUCAUCCGGCAAUCACGUAUCCUCGUCCCAACAAGGAAACGAAUUCAAUGAGGACAGCCGAUUUCAGUAUGUUUUGGCGGCAGCUACCAGUAUUGCAACAAAAUUAAAUGAGGAGACACUGACUUAUCUGAAUCAGGGACAGUCUUAUGAGAUUAAAUUAAAGAAACUGGGAGACCUUUCGGCUUAUCGUGGAAAAAUACUCAAGUCGAGCAUUCGUAUAUGCUUUCACGAGAGAAGACUCCAGUACACAGAGAAGGAGCAGAUGAUGGCUUGGCAGAGGACACGACCUGGUGAACGUCUGCUCGAUGUCGAUGUCCCACUCAGCUACGGUAUGGUCGAUGUCUCCCGGAUUAGACCAACCAAGAAUAUCGUUGAAUUCAUGUGGGAUCCAACCAAGGAAGUUGGCGUUUACAUCAAAGUUAAUUGCAUCAGUACGGAAUUCACGCCUAAGAAGCAUGGUGGGGAGAAGGGUGUGCCAUUCAGAAUUCAGGUGGAGACCAAACUCCCUGGUGGGCCGCGUCUCCACGCAGCCUCCUGUCAGAUCAAGGUCUUCAAGCUUAAAGGGGCUGAUCGUAAACACAAGCAGGACAGAGAUAAGAUUCGUCGACGACCGCCACACGAGCAGGACAACUACCAACCGAGUUAUGACUGCACAGUUCUCUCAGACAUCCCGUUGGAGUCGUUGACACCAGCAAGUCCAUUGUCACAGAAUGAGGGCAGUCCGUACACACCGACAGAUGCAAUUUCACAACAGAGUUUGAAUGAUAUUGGUGCUGCUUCACCCUCUCUGGCAGUUGUGCCAGUGGCUCCACCAGUUGCUACGCCUGGUGUUGUGCAAAUUUCCGGCUUGGAACAGACUGCCCAGGAAGACACUAAUGCGUCCUCUAUGCCUGUCAAUCGUCCGCCUUCAUCACCAGCUAUUUUACCUGAUCAAACAAACUGCAAUGACUUGACCACAUCUCCACCUUUGGAGCUAGCAGCUGAUGCCAGCGCUGUUCAAACUUGCGCUUGGUUACGUGCCAAUCGUUUUCAGGCUUUCGAGGCGGUUUUCUCAAAUUUCACAGCUGCUGAUAUUCUCAAAUUGUCCAGGAACGAUUUAAUUCAGAUAUGUGGGCUUGCUAAUGGAAUAAGAUUAUUCAAUGCACUCCAGGCAAAGCCACCAACACCCAAGUUGACGCUCUAUGUUGCGAUUGAGGGAAGUGGUCCUCCAAUGUGGCAUGUUGUUAAUCUUCAGAGUCUUACUAGCAGUGCAUUGGCCAGCGAGAUAAUUGCUACAUUCAAUUUACCCAAUGAUCGUCUACAUUUAGUUCUACUUCAGAUAGCACAGGGGAUUCAUGCGUUCGUGUCCGAUGUGCUUGUUGCUAAUUUGAAGGAUGAGUGCAUGUAUCUGGUUGAAAUAAUAAGAGAUCCAUCGAGUGAGCGAUAUAAACUGCUUCUGAAACCGUUUUCCCGCUGAAUGAGUGAUGACAAUGAAGCGAGGGCAACAAAUGAGACUGUGAAUUAGCAGUUGGCGAUACUGCUGUUGGAGGAAUUUGUGCCAAGGAAUUGUGAGGGUGUCGAUGCUUUCAUUGGAAAUCUCACGCGAUCAAAAUAAAAAUUAUUUUUCUAUUACAAUUGAGAUGCCAGCGAAGGAGAGGGGAGAGAGUACGAGUGACUAAUUAAGGAUGAAGCACGCGACAAUUAAGGUUCAUUAGAAUGCUCUCUUGAGCAAGGUGAGAUUGUUUUGGGUUAGUUGACACAUCUCAUGUGGAUUUAUUACGGUUUAUUAGUUUCUACACGUUGUUUUAAAUGUAACUGAGAAUUAUACCCAUUUCAUUUUGUUAAUUUGUCGUUUAGGGGUUCGUUUAGCGCCGCAUUUUAUCUCGACGUUGCUCUUUUAUAUUUUUUGGUUGAACGCACGCGCGAAAAAAUUAGACGAAAAAUACCUAGCGAAUUUGCUAGAAAAUUCUAUUACAUUUCUGUUUUAGAGAUUGAGAAGGCGUAUGUGAAAUUAAAAAAUUGAAGUGAUCGUUUCCUCACAUUGAGGAAUGCGUUAAUAAUGGUUGAUCGAACCAAAUUUAGAUGAGAUUUCUAUUGAAACUUCUAUUAGUUUCUCGCCGAUUCUAUUGAAAAAUUCCACAGCUUUUCGGCUGAUGACGCAAUUGAGUAAAAUUUGAUUUUUCUUUUUAACUUAUCCUAUUGAGAUAUCUUCUUUUGAAAUAUCUAGGAUCUAAUUUUCUAUUUUUUUUUUUUUGUUAAAGAAAGGAGUGAAAAAAAUGUAAAAAUUGAUGUCAAAAAAUUCUUAUGAAAAUCUUUCAAUAGAAAAAGUUGUACAGAAAGGUCAAAUUCUACUGAUUUUAUCUUUGAAAGAGUUUCUGUUGGAUAUUUUUCAUGAAAAAAUCCGCAAUAAACUACGAGAUGUUUCAACGAAAUUAACGAAAAACUAAUAGAAGUUUAACAGCAAUCCAAUAGAAUUUCCCGGUGAAUCCGCUAGGUUUUGUUACGAUUUUUUAUUUGUGCGUGGAAAGAUGAUUGAGAUAAUUCGAUUGUUGUACGAUUACGAAGGAUAUGGAGAGAUUUGAGAUUUUUAUCAUAAAAGAAUCCGCUUCUUUUUAUGAUUAUGUAUGAUUAAGAUUUUGUUUUUUUUUUUUUUUUCAUUAUUAUUUCGAAGUAGCUUUUGUGAUGAUGUAGGAGAUGUGAAUAGAUUAUUCGCGGAUUACUCAGGUAUUUUUGAAAGUGCCUUUUGAAGGCUUUUGGCGUGUCAGUUCAAGAUAUUUGGCUGCUCUAAAGUCUGAAAUUGCAAAUGAACAAUUUGCAAAUUCGGUUAUAUCUAUAUUUAAUGGAGCAUUGCAUGAGUGCCUCGAGUAUGGUAGAAAGCGAUGUUUUUCUCUGGCAAUUUGAAGUAAUGCCGUUUAUGGGUACAAAAUAUAUAUUUUAAGGAUAUAAUUUCAAGAAGUUAAUAAAUACGAUCAUUAAAAUGUU